GCAGAAACACAUGGAGUUCAGACGGGUCAGCAGAAAUUUGAGUGAUUAGUGCUUGACCGAUCAGUAGACUCGAGAUCAUCGAGAACGCUUGACCGUGACCGUGUCAUCGCCUUAACAUUUCACAAGCUUCUCGAUCUUUCUCGGCUUUACGUAAUCGUCUCGACUGAGUGGCAAAACAUUUAUUAACUUGGAAAUCUGGAAAAGAAUUAUUCGCAAGCGCAAGUAGUAAAUUACUUUAUAUAAGCUUAAAGUUAUUUGCAGUUGAGAUUAAAAUUCACUCAUUUAAAUUGAAAAAAAUUGAAGAUUACUUAAAUGUAUAAACAAAUUAUACUUGAAGAUAUCUAAAGAAACCGGGAUAUUAACGGCGCGACAUAAUGCUGUCAAUUAGUGUGCUGCAUGACUGAAUCUAUAUGCGAUAUAAAUUUUCGUUUGUUUGGAAAACGAACACUUUAUCGGAAGUGCUGUCGACACAAGCGCUAUCACGGUGCUUCUACGUCAAUCGAUUUUUCAUUAUUAUUAUUGUGAUAUCGCGCGUCUUACAUAGCAGCCGGCAGUGAUGAAUCGUCCUACCGACAAGGCAUAUAUUUAAAGCCACGAGAUCUUUCGAGAGUAGACGCCAAGGACGUCGCAACGUGUUUCUACGAGACUUUCCAAGAAAGUGUCUCAUUUUCAACGGUCCGUAAAACCGCAAAAGUUUCGAGAACUCAAGAUCCUCCUUGGAUCCUUCAUAGUUGGUGGAUUGCAUCGGCUACGGUGAAGUGAUAAAAAAAUAUUUUGUUAUUAUCUGCAAACAUCUUAAACGAUAUGUAAUUUAAUGCUAUUUAUUGAAAACUGUAGUGUAACAUAACUUAUUUCAUAUAUAAUUUUGAUUUCUGAUUAAUUUGGCCGUCGCCGACGAAGUUUUCUACGUGGAGAGACAGUGAUAUUUAAAAUAUAAAUUUGACGUUUGGAACACAAUAUAUGUAAUACGAUAAAUUAUCAUAAUACGAAAGAGUGCGAGACACAGUGAGAAAUCUAUAAACACAAUAAGAACGGAUAGUGAUACUUGUUAUACGAAGAACGUUUCAAUAUGUUUCUGAACGAGACUUUGUUUGUGUUGGCCUAUACAGCCAACAUGAUGGCUACCUUACCCGAAAAGACAGAUUCGAAGAAUAUCAGUGUAGUCCAAAAUAUCACCACUACAACUUUGUCACCGGAAGAGAAAGAGAAUAAAUUCGAUUUGGAUGAUCAAUGGUACAUGUGGCGAUGCUUCGAACCAUAUGGUUGCUUCUACAUCGGGAAACCUUGGUCUGGAGAAAAUCGACCGGUAUCAACGUUUCCGGCACGUCCGGACAGCAUCAAUCCUCGUUACAUGUUGUACACGCGUAACACCGAACAGCCUCACGAAUUGAAAAUUGAUCAAUUCCAGACGAUCCGAGAAGCGCCUUUGAAAAACAACUUGUACUUCGUUAUUCACGGAUUUCUCGACAACGGCGACAAGACAUGGGUUUUGAGGACGAUGAAAGAACUACUGUUACGAGAGGACUGCAGUGUCGUGAUUGUCAAUUGGAUCGCUGGUGCUGGACCGCCCUACACGCAAGCUGUGGCGAACACGCGGUUGGUCGGUGCGAUGACGGCUCGUUUGGCAGCUCAGCUAAUCGAGAUCGGUGAUAUCUCGCCCGCGAAAACACACUGUAUCGGACAUAGUCUGGGGGCCCACACUUGCGGCUACGUCGGAUACACCAUGAGGAAUCAAUACCGCUAUAAGCUUGGACGAAUUACAGGCCUUGAUCCGGCGGAACCGCACUUCAGCAAUACAUCGCCGAUGGUGCGACUGGAUCCGACGGACGCGACAUUCGUGACAGCCAUUCACACGGAUUGCAAUCCUUUUAUCAGCGGCGGCCUUGGCAUUACGCAACCGGUGGCACACAUCGAUUUCUAUCCGAACGGUGGCCGCAAUCAGCCCGGCUGUAAUGAGGGUGUGCUCAAUUCUAUUACCUUGGAACGCGGCAGUUUCUUUCGCGGAAUUAAAAGAUUUCUGGGAUGUAAUCAUAUCCGCAGCUACGAAUAUUUCAUCGAGAGCAUAAACAGCCCGUGUCCGUUCAUAGCUGUGCCCUGCAGCUCUUGGGACAAGUUUCAGGAGGGCAGCUGUUUCGACUGCGUGAACCAGUACUGCCCUAGAUUUGGAUUGGACGCUCAGCCCGGAAAUUACCACGCGGCCGUGUACCUGAUGACCGGAGUCGACAGACCGUUCUGCAAAAGCCACUACAAAGUGACGAUAAACAUCUCGAAUACGAACGAGAGUUUGUCGCACGGCGGGGAAAUUGGCAUGUUCGUCGUGCGCGCGAUCGGUGCGAACGGCAAGAAGACCGAGAAAAUGCGGCUGAGCCCGACGUCGAAGUAUUACGAACCCGGUAGCACGCACACGGUUGUACUACCCGGGGACGUCGUGGGCAAGCCGAACUCCGUCGAGAUCACCUGGGAAUACCUAACCUCGGUCUUCAAUCCACUCACGUGGAGGCUGCUUCACACUCCGCGGGCUUACAUCGACUCGCUGACUAUUGCGAAUCUGGAAACUAAUCACAAAGUCACUUUAUGCCCGGAUGACUCAAAAACGCUAAUUGCAAACCAACCCAAGAUCUUGACUGUGGAAAACUGUCGCAGCACGGAGCAUAACGCAAUUUCUACGUAAAUGAUAAACUUUACGCAGGUAUCAUAUCCCUCUCUUCAGCAAUAAAAAAUCAAAAUCUCAUUGGAACCAGUAUAAUUUUAAUUAUUAUAGAUGGAAAAUACCGCGAAGUGAAAUUUGCAGUUGAAAGUGCGAAAAGUUUAUAAAAAAAUAUAAAAAUGAUUGAAAUUAGACUGGUUUCAAGUCCUGCUCACAACGACAAAGGCCAAUGACCUGCUCGUUAUCACUCAUAGAGUAACACUCGUCAACUGCGUCGCAGCUUCGUCCGCGCGAAGAAAUCUCCGAAGGCCUAAGACCACAAUUAUUUAUUUUUUCACUAUAGAAACGAGAAAAUCUUCUAUCAGAAGUCUAGAGACUCUUUUAGAAGGUUAUUAUUUGUAGAACUCUAAGAAUAAUCAUCACCAUAAAUUACGCUUUAAUAGUUCUCAUGGAAUCAUUUAUGCGGAUGACAGUUAAUCUCCGGAAACUACAAGCGUUUCCGAUUCGAUUCCGAGUUAUAUUCGUUUUGCGACUGUCAUAGGUGAACAGCCGAUCGCGAGUGAAGCGAACGAGCGCGAAUCGCGCAUAAUAGCACCGGUUUCCCUUGCAACCAAUGGCAAAGUCACGAUCCUUUCACUGUCAUUAUGCGCCCGGGAUCUCUCUCUCUCUCUUUUCUUCAUACAGCCCAGUGUUUUGCUGCGCCGUCGUCGCCGUCACGAUAAAUCGUCGCUGACCCCGUAAUUCAUGGUCAGAAGUGCAUCGACUGCUUUUAUUUGAUCAUGCGCGACUAAAUGUUGACAAUAACGUAAUUUACGAUAUUUGGCAUCAUAAUAAACUCUUUUGAUGUCACAAAUAUCGCUGUCAUAAAUCUUGAUAGAAAGAAAGAAAAGAUGAAUAAAAAAAUGAACAAACAAAUUAUUUCAUGCAAAAAGAGCACUGUUAAAAUUAGUCACGAAUUUAAUGAUGCGUGCGAUAAAGUUGUGCGAUGAGUGUUUGAUCAUUCCGCUUUAACUACAGCAGCACCGUUGUAACAUUUUCGUAAUUUCGAAAUUCCGUUUGUCGCGUUGAAUUAAGUGGAAAGCAAAGUAGGUCGAACGAACGGACUCAUGCAAUUUCUGCGUUCUAAUGCCAUAAAGAGCCAAGAAGAGCCACGAAGAGUCGCUUCGGCUUGUCCAUAUCUGACUAAUCCUCGCAAAUAUCGUAAUUGGCAGAUUUAUUAUAAUGUUCCGUGAAGUAAGUAAGAAGUAAGAUCGUUUUAAGUUAAGAUCAACAUUUUAAAUUAAGUAAAAUCCAACGAGCUAAGCUGAAAUUUAAUGCAAGAAUUAUUUAAUUUUUUACUAAUGCAUAUUUAUACAAACAUCCCAUUACUUGGUAUACACAAGUUUGUAAGCGAUUUCGUUAUAGUAAGUUAUUUAUAUAAGCACAAAUAUACAUAUACAAUAAAAUUUUGCAAAACA